AUGAAGAUCUCAGUCCUGCUCCUCCUGCUGCUGGCUGCUGCCUGGACUGGAAGCCAGGGCAAGUCCUUCCGCAGCUCCAAAUCUGACUGCUGCUCCGCGGAGAUGUUCACACGCAAGAGAAUCCACGAGUCCAUGAUCCAGGGCUAUCGGUACACGCCUUCCAGCUGCACCCACAAGGCUGUUCUUGUGGAGCUGAUGAAGGGGAGCAUCUGUGUGAACCCAGAGGAGAAAUGGUUCCAGAAGUACCUAAGGAAGCAGGAGAAGCAGAAGAAGCCAAACGGCACCUCCAUGUGA